AUGAACAAACCGGUCCACGAAAAAGCCGUGAUAAUAGGGAUCUCCGGGCCUUCGAGCAGCGGCAAGACAACCCUCGCGCGGCUCCUGCAGCGUGUUUUCUGCGGGGUGAAUCUCCCCAAAGACAAACGUCUCAACACGUUCAUAAUCCACGAAGAUGAUUUCUAUUUCCCAGACGAUAAGUGUGUAUACCUCUACUUCAGCUCCAUACAUCCAUAUAAGCCGUCUCAAGUGGAAGCCCCAUCCUCCCAGAACCCCAACACCAAACCUAGACUCAUGCCCUUCCCCCCCCCCUCCAACACUAACACACCUCCCAGAAUCCCGUACACAACAACCGCCUCCGGCAAAACAAUCCAAGACUGGGACACAGCCUCCGCAAUCGACAUCCCCUUCCUCUCACAAGCACUGCAAUACGUGCGCGAGAACGGGACACUCCCGCCGCGACUACGAAGCAAGGAAGACCAAAACGACCAGACAGAGUCCGGCGUAUCGGACGAGAUCGUACAGGAGCUGAGGGAUGUUGUUAGUUCUCGACUGCGGGACGAAGCAUCCGGUCAAGACACCGAGAACCCGACGAUGGCAUUCCUAGAGGGAUUUUUGCUAUUUGCGCCGCCCGAGCAAGAACAGCACGUCCUCCGUUCCGUCCAUGACGCUAUACAUCUUCCUCUCUUUCUGCCUGCGGCGUAUGAGCUUGUGAAGUCGAGACGCGAGGGGAGGAGUGGGUAUGUGACUGUUGGACCGGCGCCGGAACCGCCAGUGCAGGCUUCUACGGAUGGGUCGGACAGUGGAGAUGGAAAGACAACGGAUAUUGAUCUUGAUGCCGAGGAUGAUCGGCCGCCACAGAACUUCUGGGUCGAUCCGCCUGGAUACGUGGAUGACAUUGUUUGGCCGCGGUAUGUGACGGAUCAUGCUUGGUUGUUGAUUGCCGAGGAUGGGGGUGGACAUGAAAAGAAAAAGGGUGGGAGUCAGGCCCUAGCGGAGGCUGAUAUUGUCCGGAGGAUUGGGGAUGGGACUAGGGCUAGGACUGACGUUGGGGUUGAGGUUGCACCGGGAUGCGGUAGCGCGGGGAUGGAUGUUGUGUUGCGGUGGGCUGUUGAGUUGAUUCUGGGACAUUAUUUGGAUAGGACGUAG